CAUUGCUUGACUUGCAAGCUUCAGCAUUAUAAUACAAAAUAUCACUCAGGUAGUAUUAAACCCACCAGCAUAAUAAUCCCUCUAAUAACUCCUUUAACCCACGAAAAAAAAAGAAACAAAAAACAAAUAUGCCUCCCCACUCCACAGCGCAGCUCCUCCUUCUGCUGCUGGCCACAACAAUACAGCCAGCAGCAGCCAUCCCAGCAACGCCAACAGCAAAGACGACAGUCACCACAACUUGCACAACCUCAUCAACCACCCACAACAGCCUGCUCAACCUCGGGUACCCAGGCUACGAUACCCUGACCCGCAUCGCAACCACAACCACCACCAUCAUCGAGCCGCCGCUGCCACCGCAAACAACAACGGGAAGCGGCCCGAUAGCCACCGUGCUCGAGACACACCUAGUCGCGGGGACCGACACCACCUACCUCGUCCGCAGCACGACUAGCACAUCAACCCGCUCGUCGGCCUGGAGCUACACCACCAUCCGGACCUGGAUCGUGCAUCCCUUCACCGCGCAGCCGGGAUCCGUCGCCGGCCCACCCCCGCCGCCACCACCACCACAGCAGCCACAGCCACAGGCCGUCGCGGCCCCAACCCCCGUCUGCCCCGAGACGUCGUGCUCAAACCCGUCCGAGGAGGCCGACAAGGUCCGCUCGCAGCGGGAGGCGGCCGACUCGCGGUGCGCCACGCGCAACAUGGAGACAGGGUGUCAGGCGCAGCAGUGCCAGGCGCGCCAGGCGGGAGAAGUGGAAGGAGGACGCGACUACAACUGGUGGUGCCUGCGCAUCAGCCAGAACGACUUCAUAUUCCCAGAGCUGCGCAUGGGUAGGUCGUGCUGGUCCGCGGCCGACAACUCCUUCAUGCAGCUCAACACGCCCUGUCUCGCCGCCGACUACCAGGCCGGUUGUCGACCGUGCCGGGGGAGGGAUCUUGGGUGGAACGGCGCCAACUGGAUCGAUGCGCCGUUGUGAGCUUUUUGAUUUGACUUUGGGAUGAAACCGCGAGAGCUGGCUCUUGGUUGGACUAGUUUCGGGAGGACAAGCAAUCUUAUUCGAAAGUUCCACAUGAUUUGGUCACAUGACAAUAUUGUCUUUUAUGUUUAAACUAAAAAUACAGAGGAUUUUGAG